AUGGGAAGCGACAUUGAGCAAAUGGUAAAGAAUUGUGCCGAGUGUCAAAAGUAUAAACCUAAGAAUCUGAAGUUGCCACUACUUAGCCAUGACAUACCGAAAUUAUCCUGGCAGACCAUCGGAAUCGAUUUGUGCUGCCACAAUGACAGAGAAUUUAUUGUUGAGGUUCGCUUUUACUUCUUCUUUUUCGAAGUGAGAGCCCUCGACCGCUCGACUGCAAGCAGAGUCAUCACGGUCCGCGCAGACAUCUUUGCGACACACGGAAUGCCAAAGACGCUGUACAGUGACAGUGGUUCGCCAUUCAACAGCCAACAGUUCAAGGACUACCUCCGUAAGAUGGGCACCACGCACGUCAAAUCCAGUCCUUACCAUCCGCGCGCAAACGGAAUGGUGGAGCGCGCGGUGCAAGAGGCAGAGAAGCUCCUGAGAAAAUAUGCAUAUGGUGGUGUCGAAUACUACACCGCGUUACUGGAGUGGCGCAAUACUCCCAGGGAUGAUUAUUUCAAGUCACCUGUGCAUCGUCUGAUGGGACGUCAGACUAGGACCCUUCUACCAGUACUCCCGAGUCACCUGGAGCCGAGCAUCGCUCGACCGCAAGUUGUCCAAAGACGUCUACGGCACAUCCGGGAGAAACAGCGGACGUAUAACAACCGCACCGCCAGGUCUCUUCCCAAUCUAUACGAUGGCGACCAGGUGACCAUGUACGACACCUUGGCCAAGACGUGGGCUCCAACAGCAGUCAUUGUAGCAGCGGGUGCCCUUCGGUCCUACAUUGUCCAGGAUCAAGACGGACGGGAACUUCGCCGCACGAGAGAACACCCGAGAAGCACAAGCCAGGUCCUCAUGCCGACACGCACACCACACCACCAACUUUACCCGAGACUCAGACGGUGGAAUUGCGCCGUAGUGAGCGACCAAGGAAAUGUCCCGCAAGAUACCCGGAGCCAGAACAUUAACAAGCAUUUAGGUGUCUUUAAUAUCUGUAGUAAGCACCCGGACAACAAAAGUGCUUAUGUGUUUCAAUUAUGUUUAAUUCGAAAAUAUUUUUUUUAA